AUGACAUUGGGUUGCCCGGAGUUAGAUGCGAAAGUCGCCAAUUGGCUCCAAUGGGACAAAAAUGAAAAAACCCGAGCUGAGAUCGAGCAUUUGGUGGCAGAGAAAGAUGUGGAUGGAUUGACAGCUCGGAUGAACGGGCAACUCCUUUUUGGGACAGCGGGAAUCCGAGCUCCUAUGCAAGCUGGAUUUGCUCGUUUAAACGAUUUGACGAUUAUUCAGGUGACUCAUGGCUUUGCCAGAUAUCUCAAGCAAGAGUUUCCCGGUGAGAGCCGUGGUGUGGCGAUUGGAUUCGAUGGUCGUCAUAACAGUCGACGAUUUGCACAAUUGGCAAGCAAUGUUUUCAUCAAGAAUGGCAUUAAGGUGUUUUUGUUUAGUGAAGUGGCACCAACUCCUGUUGUGUCGUGGGCUGUGAUUCAUUUGAAAUGUGAUGCCGGUUUAAUGAUUACUGCUUCUCAUAAUCCAAAGGAAGACAACGGAUACAAGGCUUAUUGGAGCAAUGGAGCACAAAUUAUUGGACCUCAUGAUGUGGAGAUUGUGAAGUUUAAAGAGAUUGAACCACAGCCACGCGAUGAUUAUUGGGAUUUGAGUGAACUAGAGAAUAAUCCUCUUCUUCAUUCAGCUGAUGUUACUAUUGAUCCAUAUUUUGAAGCCGAGAAAUGCAACAAUUAUUAUCAUUCAAUCAAUGAAAAGACUCCACUCAAAUUCACUUAUUCUGCAUUUCAUGGUAUUGGGUAUCACUAUUCAACGCGUAUGCUUCGAGAAUUCGGUUUUCGAGAUGAUCAUGUUUUCAGUGUCAAGGAACAACAAGAACCAGAUCCGGAUUUUCCCACCAUACCUUUUCCAAAUCCAGAAGAGGGCAGAAAGGUUUUAAGCCUUUCAUUGAAGACAGCUGAUUUGAAUAGCUCGACUGUUGUUCUUGCCAACGAUCCAGACGCCGAUCGGCUUCAAAUGGCUGAAAGGCAAUCACCUGGUGAAUGGUAUAUUUUCACGGGCAACGAAAUGGGCACACUGAUGACUUGGUGGAUUUGGAAGAAUUGGCGUGAGAGGAACCCGGACGCUGAUCUCAAGAACAUCUACAUUCUGAAUUCUGCUGUCAGUAGUCAAGUUGUGAAAACGAUUGCUGAGAAAGAAGGAUUCCAAAAUGACAUCACGCUCACCGGAUUUAAAUGGAUGGGAAAUCUGGGGCAUGAUCUUACAAAAAAGGGUAAAAAGGUGAUACUCGCUUGGGAGGAAAGUAUCGGAUUUAUGCCCGGACAUACGCUUGAUAAGGAUGGUGUCAGUUCUGCGGCGAUUUUCGCUGAAAUGGCUGCCUGGUUGCACGAAAACGGGAAAACCCUGCACACAAAACUCUUUGAGAUCUAUGAAGAAUACGGUUUCCAUUUGGUGAGAUCCACUUAUUGGAUUGUGCCCAAUCCACAAGUUACCAAGGAUUUGUUCGCUUCACUUCGGAAAGAUCUUCAAUAUCCAUCAAAAAUUGGCAAAGAUGAUGUAGAAUUUGUGAGAGAUUUGACGAUUGGUUAUGACAACUCGCAACCAGGGAAUAAACCGUUGUUGCCAAUUUCGACUUCUUCUGAGAUGAUCACGUUCACUUUGAAGAAUGGAAGCAUCGCAACACUUCGCGCCUCGGGAACGGAGCCGAAGAUCAAGUACUAUAUUGAGCUUCGCACAGCUCCCGGCAAGAAGCAAAGUGACUUGAAAGAAGUGAAAAAAGAGUUGGAACAACUCGAGAAAGAUGUUGUUGAGACCUUGCUUCGACCAGUGCAUUUCGGAUUGAUUGCGAGAAAG